AUGGAAGAAGAUUCCAUCUAUUCAGCAGAUAGGCGUGUAAAGCAGUAUGGCAUUGGCGUUCAAGUUGGAGCAAAGCUUAUUCCUGAAGUAUUGAAGUUGUCACAAAUUCCCUCAGAGCUAUGUGAUGACAGUGGAAUAGUGAUCUGCUCAUUGGAUCAGUCAGGUGAAAUUGAAGUUGACAUGGCCCGUGAUAGUCCCGAAUCUCAAAUUCAAGUCAUUACCAAAUCAAACAAGGUUCAUGGGUGGUGGAGUGGAAUAGUUAGUGGAAAGACUCCGCUUUUUGAGAAUAAAUCAAUGGAUAAUUUCCCUGCCAGAAAAUCCACUGAAAAGCAAAUUGAAAACAAUUUGUCCUUGCAAGGUAAAGCUAUACUUCAACCUGAAACAUAUACCACUCACCCCAAUCCUCGAUAUAGACUGGUUUUGGUCGAUACGGGCAAUCAAAACAGACAAUGCUUAUCAGUGAGUGCGUCGAAAAUUGAUUGGAGUGGUCGUGAUGUCCAGGUAGGAGUCAAGCUAAUCCCUUAUAGCAUUGAUGUCAGACCUCUCAAAUUAGAAAAUAUGAAAGCUGUUCUAUCAAGUAAAAAAGCUCGAGAUGCAAGAGAAGUUGAUGCCAGUGCUGUCCUAUGUACUUCAGGAGUCCAAUAUGAGGAAGAAUUGACAGAAUCGACUGGUGUUCAAGUCGUUCAAAUUAAUGAGAGUGCUGAACUUCGCUCGUGUCAUGUCAGCAAUAGGAAUACUUCUGUAACUGGGAGCACAGAUGGAUCAAAGCACUUUGAUGUGGGUAGCAUGAUAGCAAGAAAUGCGGACCCUAAUACCACAAGUGAUGCGGAUGAUUCUAAUUUCGCCGCCAUUCUACGUGUAAAAGAAGCUCAAUACGGUACAGAGAAUAAACGUACAGCCAGUUACUGGGAAAGUACAAAAUUCCAAACGCUUGUGAACAAAAAUGUCCAAGUUGAAUUGAAUUUGAUUCCCAAAACAAUUACUGUCGAUAAAGUGAGUGUUGAGAAUAUGGAGGCUAUCAGUGGGCAGAGAAAAGAUGGAACAUUCGAAGAGGUGGGAGCAGUUCUUGUUCCAACGGAAUUAAAACUAGAACAAAUGAGUCUUGAUGCCCAUCAAGUUCCACGUUUAGUUGAAUCUAUCUCAACUGAAAACAAUCUAUGUCCUACUUAUAUCGUGACUUCGUCUAUACUUUACGAGUGUUCAGGAGUUCAUAUUACUUCUGUGGGAGCCCUGUCAGAAAUCGCAAUUAAAUUGGGCCAAGGAGAGUACAAAGCAGAGGUACAGCGAGACACCAAAUCAAAUCCGACUCGAAUAGCUAUCAAGGAGAGAUCAAUUAGUGCUAUAAGUAUUGAUGAUGCACAUAAAGCUCUAACAUUUGGUGGAAUAUCCAAUUCGAUUCAACAUUCAAUGAGUUCAAAAUCUGUCCAGAUUGGUACUAUUCUAAUUCCAACAACCGUUACCAUGGAGAAGGUAAUGGUUGAGAACUUAGAGGUUUCAGUACCGCUAACUCAGUCUAAAUGUGCAGAAGUGAACGUAAGUGCAGUUCUGGCAUCUUCUGCAACAGAAAUGACAACAGUUUUGAUCAAUGCACCGGGAAUACACAUAAUUCCAAUGUCAAAAGUGGAUGAGAUUGGCAUCCAAGCGAAUGGAAAGAACUAUAUUGGAAUGGUUGAAGGGGCAUAUCAGUCAGCACGUGGUAGAGCACCGUCAGGUACAUCAAUGAGUCAAGAUCAACAGAAGAUCAUUCUUCCCAUUGCUUCAUCGGCCAUAAGUAGGAGCAAAAAAAUUCAGGCAAGUCUACUUCAACAGAGUAAAGAUCUGAGUCUACUUCAUGAUACGCUUCGAUCUGAUCAGACCACACCGGUCCUCAGAGAGACCAACACACUUUCCACAGGCUCAUUCCGUCGUCCUGGAAUCAUCCAUAUUCCUGGUCAAACACUCACGCCUAUUGCAGAAAUCUUAUCCACCCCUUAA